AUAAUAUUGAUGAUUCGUAUCCGAGUCUCGACGGUAGAAGCCCGUACCAAAGGCGAAGUCAUCGAAGCUGAAUCUCUUGUACUCCACCUUAUUUUCUGUUGUGAGGCGGCCAAACUGAGGGAGGGAGAUAGAGAUGGCGUCCGCGAAGCUAAAUGCUCCUUCGAGCCGCUGGAUCCGCGGCGGUAGUUCGCUGAAUCGGCGGUUCGCGUUCAGGACGGAGAUUCCACGGGCGGCGACGAUAAGGGCUGGGUCAUACACCGAAGAACUUUUGCAGACCGCCAAAUCAAUUGCUUCACCUGGACGUGGUAUUCUGGCAAUAGAUGAAUCAAAUGCUACUUGCGGCAAGAGGCUAGCUUCUAUUGGUUUGGACAAUACUGAGGCGAAUAGACAGGCUUACAGACAGCUAUUACUGACGACCUCUGGGUUGGGUGAAUAUAUUUCUGGAGCUAUUCUUUUUGAGGAAACUCUUUAUCAGUCAACAAUUGAUGGAACAAAGUUUGUGGAUUGCCUGAGGGGGGAGAAUAUUGUGCCUGGAAUCAAAGUUGACAAGGGUUUGGUUCCAUUACCAGGUUCAAACAACGAGUCUUGGUGUCAAGGAUUGGAUGGAUUGGCAUCUAGGUGUGCUGAAUAUUACAAACAAGGAGCUCGCUUUGCUAAGUGGCGGACUGUUGUAAGUAUUCCCUGUGGUCCUUCAGCUUUGGCUGUGAAAGAGGCUGCUUGGGGGCUUGCUCGUUAUGCUGCUAUUGCUCAGGAUAAUGGCCUCGUUCCUAUUGUGGAGCCUGAGAUUCUUCUUGAUGGAGACCAUGCAAUUGAAAGGACUCUUGAGGUAGCAGAGAAUGUAUGGGCGGAGGUAUUUUUUUACUUGGCCCAAAAUAACGUUGUUUUUGAAGGCAUCCUCCUAAAACCUAGCAUGGUAACUCCUGGAGCUGAGCAUAAGGAGAAGGCUUCUCCGGAGACUAUUGCCAAAUAUACACUCACAAUGUUGAAGAGGAGGGUGCCACCUGCAGUCCCAGGAAUCAUGGUAAAAUGCGUUAAUUAUAUUACUACUUCAUCAUAAAAUUGUACAUGGCCU